UAUUGAGUUUUCUAGCAGCAUCUUCAGAGGGUUGGAUUUUGCAGGCAGCCCUCCUCCACCUCCUCCUCCUCCUUCUCCCCGCCCCACCUCUUCCACCACCCGCGGACACCCCUCCAUCCUCCGGUCAUGAUGCAACUUUAAGCAGCGAGAGGAAGUUAAGAACGACGAUCCAGUUGUGUUCUUCCUGCCUAGAGAUGAUGUUCUCUUCCGCCGGGAAGCGCUGCUUCACGAUAGAGUCUCUGGUCGCCAAAGAGAGCCCCCUGCCAGCCGAGGACCCCAUCCGGCCAACGGCGUUGAGUUAUUCCAACCCGACCACAGAUGCCUUAAUGAACGGCUACCAGGCUCCGGCGGCCAGGCCUCUCUACCAGGGCCCGGAGCUGGUGUUCCCGGAGACGGUGAACCACCCGUCCCUCACCGUGGCCCCGCACCAGCUCGGAGGCUCCCACCUACAGCAUCCGCACUUCUUCGGCACGCAACACCGGGACCCGCUCAACUUCUACCCCUGGGUGUUACGGAACAGAUUUUUUGGACACAGAUUUCAAGGUAACGAGGUGUCCCAGGACAGCCUGCUCCUGCACGGCCCCUUCGCCCGGAAGCCCAAGCGCAUCCGGACGGCCUUCUCUCCGUCGCAGCUGCUCCGCCUGGAGAGAGCCUUCGAGAAGAACCACUACGUGGUCGGAGCCGAGAGGAAGCAGCUGGCCAACAGCCUGAGCCUGAGCGAAACCCAAGUGAAGGUCUGGUUCCAGAACAGACGGACGAAGUACAAGCGCCAGAAGCUGGAGGAGGAGGGUCCGGACAGCCAGCAGAAGAAGAAGGGGAACCACCACAUCAACAGGUGGCGCAUCGCCACCAAGCAGGCCAGCUCCGAGGACAUCGACGUGACCUCAGAGGACUGAACGCGCACACGAGCCUGAGCGUCAGAGGACCAACACUAUUUAUUAUGUAAGAUUAUUAAAAGCGUUGUAAAGACUCAGUAGAGGAAGACUCAAGGAUUCCAUGUGCGAUCACUCCACGUCUUCAUCCAGGAGUUUGGACGUCCCGCGCCGCCGUGACGACAGCGGCGCAUCAUUUCACGAUGGCUGAAGAAAAAAGUCGUACCCUACAGUACCACGGUGCUCGGUUUUUGUUGUUUUUUUUAAUUAUUUUCCUGUCUUGUACAUAGGCCAGUAAUGAAGGUUAACAAAAAGCUAAUUGUUUGUUCACUUCCACCUUACUUCGCUCGCUUUCACCUGUGCACCAUAUGAAGUCGAACUCAUCCUCGAAAGGAAGCUGUGGUCAGUCGGCGGACAUGUUGGUGAAACGGAACAAAACACAAAGCCUCUCGGACUCCUCACCACUUUUAUUUUUAGAGACGCUCUUCGUUGUCCUGCUAAUGAAGGCUCCCCUCCAGCGGGAGGCGACCUGUGAACCCGGGAAGGACUAAAUCGUCGUCUUUCGCCACCGUGGAACCGUUGCCGUGGGCGAUGUAUGAGACAACACAUCCCGGUUUGAUGCAAAUUUCACGUAGCAUCGCGUGCAGAGCGAGACGUGUGCAGAGGCGCGGGUUUUCGAGCACGAAAUGUAUUUACAGACUAACGGCUUUGGAAAUAAAACCUUUGUGACGUGCCCCUGUUGCAUGGGAGAUUGCUGCGUGUUGUUUUAAUUGAGAGGCAGCCAUUUGGUCCCAGCAGCUGCGGAUUUCACUCCUUAGGUUCAUGCUCUCCAGCUGAGAUGGUGGAUGUGCAGGUUGCUGUGAAACAUGAUGCUGCAGGGGUUGAUGGGGAAAAAGAAGAAGAAGAAAAAGAAAUUUUAGGCUCAGUGGUGACUGGGAUACAGCAACAAAAUUAUUCAUUUUGUCAAAUUACAAACUCAGUCCCUGUGUAUUUUAUGCAAUUGACAUAUAGGAAUACACUAGAUGAAAUCCAGUGUACUUCAUCAUCUUGAUAUACACCUCCAUUACAAGCAUCAGGAAGUGUCAGGUGUGUUACCUGUUGGUUAUUAUGGUUGUGCAGAAAACCUCGUUCAGCCAAAUCAGCCAAUGAAUUCAGCCAAUGUCAAAAAAACGCAGUUUCACAAUUGUGGUGUUUUUGUUGAAUAAGAAACCCAGUUAAAAAAAUCACACGUGAAUAAAUCCAUAAAAAACAUGGUCAUCCUCCAACUACUUCCUGCUGGCUUCUUCAUUGUUUUCACCAGUAGUAAGGUCCAGUUAUUGACCAUGUGACCCGUAUGAUGCGAAAAAAGUCUCCAUUCCAGUUUUGGGAAAAAUAAAACAAUUUUGAUAUGAUCGGCACUACUUUUCAAUCAUAGAAAUUAGUUUUUUCUAAAUUUCUGUGUUUCCGUUAAGCGGUUUUACUCUCAAAAUGUCAACUAGAAGAAAUAAAAGGUCAAUGGAAACACAGCUAAUGUUUCUGAAAUUACAGCUAAACGGACAUUUACUAAGCUGCAACAGCUUUCAAAGAGGCGGGGGCUGGUUCGGAUAUUGCUGCAAUCUUUUUUAGCUACAGCUCAAAGCAUUUGCCUGCCUGGAAGAAACAACUGCCUAGUGACCCCACGACCUCAGAGGAGAGCUGAUGUCUGACCCAGGUGUCUUUGUUUUGCCAGCGAGAAAGAGAAGGGACAAAAGAGGCAGUAGGUAGAGGUAAAACACCCUGCGAAACGCACCCGAAGGGGGUCACACACGGCUUGUUUUGAGUUUUCUCUAGAUAUCCUAUACUCACUGCAGGUGCAGAAAUGUGCUGAAAGGAGGCGCGGGGUUAUCUAAACAAACAUGUUCUGUGGCUGUGGCUCUACAACCUCCUCUCGUCAGGAAGGUUUUCUGGCACAGGUCGCGUUCUGGUUUGGUAAAAGAUUAGCGCAAUUAAAGGGCCUCUUUGUUGUCUGGCUAACGUAAGAAUUAGGUGGAGCAUCACCUUGGCCUCCCUAAACGCUGCGUCUCCUGUCAGCCGAGUCAGCGGGAAGGGGACCGAGUGGCGUUCCAGGGUGAGAAACGAGAAACUCUCCAGAGGAGAAGAGAGGUGCAAAAAAAAAAAAAAAGGAGACGGGGGCGGGGGGCUGCUGUUGUUGCCGAAGCAGCAAUUAGCUUAAACAAACAAUACUUUCGGAUUUCCUACGAUCUACAAAUGAGAUGUUUUAGGCUGCUGGGUAUGAAAACGCAUCAGUUCACAUCCUGACGCGACUCGGUGUUGAUCUCUAAUGCGAUACCAGAUGCAUUUCUCUGCCGUUGAUUCAAAGGUGCUGCUGUUGAUCUGGGCGUCACCGGCAAUGCAACUGGGUCUUCGCCUGUCGAACUGCUCGUCAAUGGCAACCCGCUGUGCACUGUUCCCAAGGCAACCGCUCAAACAUGCCGAUUACACAGAUCACAACAAAAGACGGAGCGUUUAUAUAAGCCAAGGGACGACAUAAACUCGACGAUAGGGAUCUAUAAACCGGCUGAAAAAGUUACUCCAGCACUACUCGCAGCAACACGAGAUAAGAUGCUGAUAAAUCUGUGGAAGUGUUUGGUGAAAUGUGUUGAUCAUGAUCUCGUUUGACAUGAUUUCAUUUUGAUCUGAUUUUGAGGUUAACAGACACUGAUUUGCAUAUAAAAUCGGCAGAAUUAUGACUUGAUUAACUACAUCCUUUAACUACAUCCUUCUAAAAAUAAUAAUAAAAACAUCUUUCCAGUUUGUUUUCUCAUAAAGUGUUUUUGCUUUCUUGUUGCCCUCCCUGACAUUUGAUCAAAUAAAUGUUCAUUUAAGACAAAGAUCACCAGAUUAAAAGUGAGCAGAGAAAAUAGCAAUGUAAAUCAAACUAUUAGGGGGGAGCAUUUAUCGUAUCGUUUAUCGCUGACAAUGUUAAGAAGUUUGAUUUGUUGUCACGAUACAUUCCAAUUACUGAUGUUUAAAAUUGUCUUUAUUGUUGGGUUUCAUGGUUUUACUGAAACCCAUAAUGUUUUAUUUGAUGCUUUUAGUUCAAGCAUCAAUAGAUGCCAAUACAUUUGAAAAUACUGUUCCUCAUUUAAUCAUAAGAUUAAUCUUGAAAGGGCUACAAAGACAUUUCUAAAACUUUGGGAUUCCACUUUUGCACCGUGAGAGACUACAGAUGAAAACUGACCUAUAUGACUAACUCUGGCAUGUUAAAUGAUGCACAUGAUCCCUUUUUUAUUUUUUUUAAGCUUGGACGUUGCCUUCCUAUAAAACACCGCUCAAUUCUCAUUUUCCUUCGCAACUCUGUCUGGGAUUUCUCCCAUUGAGUUCAGUUCCUCCAGUAGUAUUUCAACAAAUUGUCCAAUCAACCAACAGAAGGAGAAGUUGUGAGCGAUGACUUAGAUUUUCUGUGCUGUUUUAGUAUUGUAGCCAGCCUGCAGUAAUAGUAAUGGCAGCGAAGGAAGGGAGCCAUUCGGUCCGUGUCGGCCACACCUCCAAAUACUGAAUUUACAUUACCGGUCAUCUGGUUUGCCUUGGCACAUCUCUUCUUUGCAGUGGAGGGUGGCUGUUUAAUAACAGAAUUGCAGCGUAGGAUUUCUGGAUUACACACGUCACGGCCAAACGGUCGCGAUUGGGUCAAACUUUGAACUUCAACAGAGUCCACGCCUCCAGGAAACAAUCGUUUCUCGAUAGGUGAGGGGCCAAACCCUCAGUACCAAAUGAAGAGGGGCAGGGCUUUACCAGGCUACAGUGCACCCUAUCAACCUCGGAACAACGCUGAUUAAUCAACAAUAAGAAAACAACUGGGUAAAACACAACAUCUACAGGUGUUCAAGUUCAAAAUGACACAGAUGCCCACUUUCUUAUUUGCAAAAAAAAAAAAAAAAAAAAGACAAAAAGAACAUUGUGAUGACAUCCAAGACUUUUGGGAAAACAUUCUGUGGAUGGAUGAGACAAAGUAAUAGUUUGAUGAUCUGGGGUUGCUUUGGCUAACUUCAGUGCUUCUCAAACUGUGGUCCCCAGACGCCCCCCAGUGGUCCGCAAAGUACUGCAUGAUAAAAACGUUUUAUUUGCCAUGACGUGAGCUCAAAGUAAAACACAUACAGCUAGCUUAA